AUGUCCUACUACAACGACGCGUCGUGGAACGCACCAGCUCCUGGCCGACAGCCCUCGUGGGAGCAACCUCCCCCGCCCUCGCGAUCAGGUACUACACCAAUGCGCCCCGCCAGUCACAGUGCACCCAUUCACCCAGAUGUAGGCACUAGCUCCACCGUCAACAGCGAAGUCGCCAAUGCCUAUGCUUCUCAGUUCGAGGAGGUCGACCGUGCCAUUGAGAACCUCGCCAAAAGCGGCAAGCCCUUUGGACCCGGCUUCCCUCCCACGCCCACGGGCGCUGCCCGCCGUGAGUCCAUGCCCAUGAUGGGAGGCGGUCCUCGUCCAUACCCCGACUAUGACCAGCAGCGCAUGGGCGGUCCCCAGCGCCACCACUCCGUAAGCGAGUACGACGGCUCCCGCUCACACUCGGCCUCCAAUGUACAGGGCUUCUACCAGAACCAGCGCUAUGCGCCCAGACCCAACGAUGCGGACCAGAUGGCACAGGCGAAGCGACGGAUGGCAGCCCAGCGAGAGCGUGAGCUGCGCAACUAUCACCAGGAGCAGCAAUAUCACAGAAACGUUUCGGGCUCAGGCUCCAAGUCGGACCGCUCCAUGAGCCCCAAUGCCAUGAAUGAAGACGAGCGCCGCGAACUCAUCGCCCGCCAGCACCGUGCUUUGUAUGGCGAGACCUCCACUCUGUACAACAACAACCCAACCUCGAGUCAGGACGUUCGCGUUCAGACUUCGAGUGCCGGACGCGGGCCGUCUCCCCUCGCUUUUGACCCUUUCGGCAUGCAGGCCCAGAACGCUGCGGGCGAGGGCUCCGUUCAGAUGCCGCCCCGGGACAAGGAUGCGGCCAGUAGCGCCCAGGACGCCCGUGCCAAUAGCACCUCGUCCCCCUCGACUACACAGGCUCCCGCAUUCAACCUGUUCGACGCUCAGCAGGCCAACCGCACCUCUAACUCGUCACCCGGCGGCUCACCACCUGUGCCAGGACAAAAGGCCAACGGUUCCGGCGUCGCCCCCAUCGGCACCCGUCCCCAGAACCAGAACCUUCAGCAGCCUAGCGGUGCUGCCAUGGGCAAGCGUACAAACUCGCCUCUGCCGUCGCCUCUGGGCUACAACUCGUACAAUGCUAGCGAGCAGAACAACGCAGCUGCCACAACAUCUGCUUCUAUGAAUCCCUCUUCGACUGUUACGGAUAAGGGAGUUGGUAUUUGGAACAAUGGCCCCUGGAGCAACACGCCCACGCAGGGCGUGCAGGCAUCGUCUGCCCCGCGCGCCACCUCACCGAACGCGGCCUCUUCAGGCUCAACAACUGCACGCCCUGCGUCGCCAAAGCCCCCAGGUGGUCCUGCGACCGUCAUGCGAAGGAAGGCAGCCGCCGACCGCGCUGAGAAGACCGCCAACCUGCGACCGAGCAGCACAAGGGCGGCCGGUGCUGGAGGCAGUUCAAGCACCAUGCUGAGGCUGUACACCGAUGAGUCCCCCGGGCUGAAGGUUGACCCUGUCGUCGUCAUGACACUGUCCGUUGUCUUCAUCUUCAGCGUUGUCGCUCUCCACGUCAUCGCCAAGGUUAUGCGACGAUUCUCCGCAUAA